AUGCAAUCAUUCAUAAUUCCAUUGCAGGUAGUCUUCUCAGAACCGUGGGAAUACUAUAACAAAAAACAUAAUAUCAAUAUUCUGAAGGAACAUCCAGCACGAUAUAACAGCUAUCCAACUGAUGCUACACCACUUUAUUGGCCAUUGCCGAAGUCAUUUUUGGGUGAUCGCACUGCGUCGUAUAAUGGUUUCAUUCGUUUCAAAGUUGAGAAUGACGACAAUCGUCGUGGUAUUAAUCGAGUUCUUCCGGAUAUUGCUUACUUUCGUUAUUUUGCACAAGUUAUCAUU